GAGAUGAGAAGCAGGCGUAUUUGCGAUGAGCCGGUGUGCUAUGAACAGUCUGAGCGUCGACAAAGAUGCGAAGAAAGACAUCGAGCAGUUUCAAAGAUUUUGCAUGAAACGCAUGAAAUCGAAAGAUGUCUUCCGAAUAAGAUAGAUCGGACGAUAUGUAGAGGCCUAGAGCAAAGUGGGAGGCAGGUAGACGUGGACGAUGAGCAAAACCUACCUUUGAGGAACGAGACGGCGUAUUCACCUGGAACCGAAUCUGGCACAAGGGCAAAGAGGGAGAAAUCAAGAAACGAAAUGUGAAAAAGAAAAGAAAAAAGAAAAAAUGAUAAAAAAUUGAAUUAAGGAAAGCGGGGAAAUGAAUAGGUUAGCAGCAGCAGCGACUAGCAGCUGGUGAUGGGGGGGAGAAAGGAAGAAAGAGUGAAGGUUAACGCAAGCGAGAAAAAGACAAAACUGGGGGGAGAGAUGAGAGAUGAGAUGAUGGAGGAGAGGAUUUCUGGCGAGCGAGGCGGCCAGGAUUCGAGGGAUUUGGCUGCUGCGGGCCUCUCGGAAGCGCUGCCUUGCCUGUGGCUUGUCGUUUGUCGGACGAUGCGGCCCAGCCUGAUGGUUCUGACGGCCAGCGAAGAAUCACAGCAAUGCAGAGGCAGAAGAGGAGGCGGACGAGAGAGAGGAGAAGGACGAGGGCCAUGCGGUUUGCGGUGCCGGGAGCCAUGCCUUGCAUGUACAGGUACAGGUACAGGCACAGGCACAGGGGUGGUUAGUGGGCACCUUGCCUGGAGCCAGGUCCUGUUCCUGGCUGUGGGGAGGUCGCUUCGCCGGGCCAUGGGCUGCCCUGGGCUCCGGCUGCUGUAACGAGCUGCGGCAUGCGGCGCUGGUACCGGUACGGGCGAGUGGUGCAGCACAAUGCCGUAUAUGGGUGCAGCAGGGAUAUCCAAGGAAAGAGGAAACCCAC